GAUGGAACCGACUUUGGGUAAUACAAAAAUUUUCAGACCAUCCUAUAUUGCUAGUGUUGAGCCACCUCAAAGAAUAGAACCAGUAAGUGUGGAAGAUAUCAAAGCAGAUCUUUCUGCUGAUUUUUCUUCGGUUUCUUCAAGCUCAGACACAAGCCAGGUAAGAAAGAGCAGUUGGGAAGUGAAGGGACACAUACAGGUUUGUCUGCGUGUUAGGCCGUUUACAUCCUUGGAAAGAGAGAAUGAAUCACAGGACUGUGUUUCAAUUGAAAGCCCAACAAGCAUUGUACUGAAGCCUCCUAAAACCUCUUUGGGUCGACUAAGCGAAAAAACUGCUGGACAGAUGAUGCAGAAGUUCACUUUUUCCCAAGUGUUUGGACCAGAAACAACUCAAGAAGAAUUCUUUGAAGGUACCAUGAAGCAACCGUUACAAGAUUUCUUAGAUGGAUAUAACCGUCUUAUUUUUACAUAUGGAGUUACAAAUGCUGGGAAAACCUACACGUUCCAAGGGACAGAAGAUGACCUUGGUAUUCUGCCAAGGACUAUGGACAUGUUGUUUAAAAGUAUUCAAGGAAAGCUAUAUACAGCAAUGGAUCUCAAACCCCAUCGGUGCAGAGAUUAUGUAAAGCUGACUAAAGAUCAAGUGAGAGAAGAAACUGUUAUUAAAAAUACAAUACUCCGCUUGACAAAAGAGGUAGAGGAACACUUCUUUCUAUGCUGCUGAGUACACACAUAUUUUGAUAGCUCAGUACUUGUGUUGACUUGUAAUAUUUUGUACUUGUCAGGUUUGGAAGAGCUCUUAAGCGACUCGGAACAAACUACCACAAGUGUGAAAAAUGACAUGAAGUUUUCUGUUUGGGUUUCAUUUUUUGAGAUUUACAAUGAAUGUUUUUAUGAUCUACUGAUUCCUAUAUCAAAUGACAAGAAAAGAAAAACACUACGCCUUGCUCAAGACAUCAAGGGAUGUCCUUAUGUAAAAGAUCUGCAGUGGGUUCAGAUUUCUGAUUCUAAAGAAGCUUUUAGACUGCUAAAACUUGGCUUGAAACACCAGAGUAUUGCAAGCACAAAACUAAAUACUUGCUCCAGCAGAAGUCACAGCAUAUUCACAGUUAAGAUACUAAAAAUUGAAGAUUCAGGAGUACCACAAGUGACUCGAGUCAAUGAAUUGGCGAUGUGUGAUCUUGCUGGUUCAGAAAGAUGUACCAAGACACGCAAUGAAGGUGAUAGGUUGAAAGAGAGUGGAAAUAUAAACACCUCUCUUCUGACUCUAGGCAAGUGUAUUAAUGCACUCAAGAACUGUCAGCAGUCAAAGUUGCAGCAGCACAUACCUUUCCGGGAAAGUAAGUUAACUCAUUUUCUUCAAGGAUUCUUCAGUGGAAGAGGAAAGGUAUGCAUGAUAGUAAACAUAAGCCAGUGUGCUUCAGCAUAUGAUGAAACACUCAGCGUGCUAAAGUUCUCGGCCAUUGCACAAAAAGUUUUAGUUAUGGACAUGUCUGUACUUCCCCAAGAUCAAUCACUUGGCCAGAAAUCAGAAUCAUCGCUGCUUUGCACUAAAAUGCCAAUCGUGAAGAAAAGAGCUACUAUCCUAUGGGACAGGAGCUUAGAAGAUGUGAUUGAAGAUGACGAUGAUAUGGAGGAACAGCAAAAUAAUAAAGUUCUUAUUGGAAAAGAAGAAUAUAUGGCACUGCUGAAUGUCGUAGAAGAUUUGAAAAACAAACUAAUUACUGAAAAGAAGAAUAAGUUACUGCUGGAACUAAAAAUUCGUGAAGAAGUGGCACAAGAAUUUACCCAAUAUUUUGCUGACCGGGAACAGGAUUUCAAAGAGUGCCUUUCUCAUGAACGAGAACGGCUUGAAGAGAAUUCUGAAAGACGCCUGGAAAUCUUCAAGGAACUUGUAAAUGGUCAUACUGAAAACCCAGAUGAAGAAAAUAAAUUAAAGGAUCAGCCUCGCAGUGAACAAGCUGUCCCUCUGGGUGAAAACUAUAACAUAGGACCAGGCACCUAUGUUGAUCUUGAGGGCAUUAUUAAUUCUCUGCAGAAUGAUGUAAUUGAUAUCAAAAAGCAGGCGGAAGAAGCACACAGAUAUAUUGUGUCCCUAGAGGACCCACAGGAAGCCAUAGGUUGGCUUGAAAAACACCUGGGAAAAAUUGCCACUGAAUUAACUAAGACCAAAGAAGAGUUGACGGAGAAAACCAAUGAACUAGUCAAAACUCAAGAAGAGCUGUCACAGAAAACCAAAGACUUUGAAAUGCAGUUGAUUAAACUGGAUGAGUCUGCUGAGCAGCUUAAAGAAGCAACUGAGAAAAUGAAUACACAGAAUAAAAGGAUUCAAGAACUAAUGGACAUUGUGGAGCAAAAAGAUGAUGUUAUUGGCAGGCUACAAGAUUUGAUAUCCCAUUUAGAAGAAACCAUAAAAGACUAUGACAACACUGUGACUGCCAUUAAAAGAAAAUUGGCAGAAAGGAACUCUAGCACCAUGACUGAAAGCAGCCAAUUCAAGAAUUGUGAGGAAACUGGAUUGGAAAUGGGUAGAAAACGUUGCCUUGAAAAUAAGCUUACUGUGGAAGAUGAGCCACCUACAAAGAAAGGAGACACAAAGGAGACUUGGGAAGAUAACUCUCUCGAGCAAAAGAGAACCGAAUAUGUGAAAACAAAUACUAAAAAGGACUGUGCAGAAACACUAGCACUGAAGGAAAGAACUGAAACCUUGGAAGGUCAGCUAGCUGCAGUUGAAGAGCAAUGCAGAAGAGAGAAAAGUGAAAAGGAAGAGCUGAGUGGGCAGAUAAGAAACUUGCAUCUCAAGCUCUCUGCUUCUGAAGAAAGAGCUGAUGGCUUAAGUGAAGAACUUCAACGGUGUCAAGCUGGCUAUCAGGAGAUCGCCUCUGAAUUGGACAAACAGAAAACUAUAAAUAAGGAACAAGAAGAGAAGAUUAUUCAGCUAAAUAAUGAAGUAGAAGAUGCCAAACAAAAUAUAAUUGAUAAAAUGUCAAAAAUCAAAACAAUGCAGUCCAAAGUAGAUGAGAUGUAUAAAUGCCACUUAGAAUCUUAUGCUAUGGAUAUUGAUUUAGUUAAUCUAAAGGAUUCCUUAGAUUCUGAAAAAAAUGAAACAGAGAGUGCUCAGAUGAGUCCUGUAGGCAUGCAGUCCCAAACUGCUUCUAAAGCAGAUCUGAGACAGGAGAGCUCCUUUCACUGCAGUGUUGAAAGCAUUUGGGAAGAAUGCAAAAAUAUUAUUAUGGCUUCUUCACAGAAAAGUCAGCGGAUCCAGCAACUACUUCAACAAGUUGAAGAGUUAAAGAAGGGACUUGAUGCCGCUGAGAACUGUAAUAAUCAACUAAAAAUAAAAUUAGGUGAGAUUGCAAAUCAAGAUGAUCAGUCCAUAAAAGAAAAAGAUUUUAUAAAUCAGUUACAAGAGCAAAUCCAGAAGCAAAUACAAGAUUUUGAAAAACAGGCUGCAGAAGAUCACAGAGUAAUUGCACAGUUUGAGGAGGAAACUACCAGCUACAAGGGAAAAAUAAGAGAGCUUGAAUGCCUUUUGGAGGGUUUUAGAGCUAGAGAUGACAGCAUAAUGAAGUUAGAAGAAGUACUUAAAGAAAAAGAAUCUAUUAUUUCAAAUCUAGAAAGUAGUACAGUAGCACUGCAAGAGAAAUGUGCCAAUUCAGAUGAAAAACUGAAAGAAUUAAAUGAUCAAGAAGCAAAUCUGAAGGAGGAAGUUCUACAGUUGAUGAGCAGCUUGGAGAACAUGAAACAGUCUCUUCAGGAAAAGGAGAAAAAUGAAGAUGACCAAAUACGAUCUAUAGAAUUGCUACGUAAAGAUCUUGCUGAGAGCUCUGCCCUUGUACAGAGUUUGAAAAAAGAUUUGCAGAGGAAAGAGGAAGAAUACGCAGAUCUGAAAGAGAAAUUUUCUGAUGCCAAGAAACAAAUUCAUCAAGUACAAAAGGAGAUGUGUACAAUGCGAUCUGAGGAGAAAUCCUUGAGAAACAAAGUUAAUGAACUUCAAAAAAUUAAAAUCCAGUUUAGUGAAGAAUUAGAUAUCAAACAGCGCACAAUCCUGCAACUUAAAAAGCAGUUGAAUAAUGAGAAGCUGGAAGAAAUCUCCAAACAGUAUGAGAAAGCACACAAAGAUCUGUGCGCAAAGGAAAAACUGAUUGAAGAUAUGCGGAUGACACUACAAGAACAGGAACAAACUCAGAUUGAACAAGAUCAAGUGCUUGAAGCCAAACUAGAAGAGACCAACAAAUUGGUUUGGGAACUGGAAGAAUGGAAGCAGAAAUAUAGAGAACUGAGUAACCAGCGCAAUAGUCACUGGCAGCAAAAGAUGAGCAAAAAUGAGGAGAAAAAUGAAAAUGAGGCAAAGUAUCAAAUAGAUAGAAAGAAGUGGCUGGAGGAAAAAAUGGGACUCAUAAGUCAGGUAGAAGAAGCUGAGACCCAUCGCAACAGAGAAAUGAGAAAAUUUGCAGAGGAGAGACAACGCCAUGUAAAGCAACAUGCAGAAAUUGAAAGACUUGCCGCACAGCUGGUAGAAAAGGACAGCAAUCUGCAAAAGUGGCGUGAAGAAAGAGAUAAAUUAGUAGAAGCUUUGGAAAUACAGCUCAAGGCUAUGGCUUCUAACACCAUACAAAAAGACAAAGAAAUAGCAGAAUUGAAACAGGCUGCACUGAAGGAUUCGGGAAAGGAUAAAGAAGCUGAUAUAGAAGCAUUAAGAAAACAGCUAGCUGAGAAAGACAACUUAAUAAAAGAAUUGCAACAACGCAUUAACCAUGAAAGUGUUCAGUCUUUGGCGGAAGUAUCCUUACCUGAAGAAGGACAAGAUAAAACAGAUCAGUCUGUAAACAAAGAGGAUCAUUCAGACGUUGUCCUUGACUCUUCUGAAGUGUCCACAGAAAAUGGAAAAACUAGUCUAUUCCCAAAACCAGAGAUGGAAAUCCAGUUAGCACCUCUGCAACCAGAUAAGAUAGAGGUGAAGCACCAGGGCAGUUCCUUACCAGUUACAGUUAAACUGCUCCAAUCAAGAAAGAAAAGGAAGAGCGAAGAGAUGGAUGAGGAUUUUGUGAAAAGUGAGAACAAGAAAAAUGCAAAACCUGCUAUGACUAAUUCACCUUCUACAAGCAACAAGAAAAUGAUGCCUACUCCACGGUCAUUUAGAAAGGAAUACCCCUUAAGAAAGCAAGAAUCUAAUUUAAGUAAGAAGUCAGCUAAAAAGAAGGAUGGAACACUACAAAAAAUUGGUGAUUUUUUCCAAAACUCUCCUACUAUUAUUCACUCUAAAGCAAAGAAGCUGAUUGCAACAAUAAGCUCUCCUAAGUCUGCAGAACCAGAAAGCAUCAAAGAAAGUGAGCUCAAGCCAAAAAGAGCUAAGAGAAAGCUGUAUUCAACUGACAUUUCUUGCCCUCUAGAUAUCCCUGCUUCUUCAAUCGUUAUAGAACAGAAAGACAAGGAAAGUGAUCAUCUAAUCAUCAAGCGACGGCUACGAUCAAGACCAGUUAAAUAA